AUGCGGCCGUGGAGGAGCAGCGGCGGUCUUGGCUGGACACCCGCGGUGGUGCUCAGCCGUUUGUGCGGCUGCGCGAUCGCGUCGAUUGUGCCCUGGGCGCCCAAGAGCCUGAGGUCAGACUACGCGAUGGUGAACACCGUGUACCUUCCCCGUUCAGGUUCGUUGGUACCGAUACGAGCCCUCGGUUCUCAAGGAGGCUGGCGGGUUUGCCAGACAGCAGGAAUCGUCGCCUGUUUCUGGAUGCUCGCGGCCGUCUUCGUGUGCGAGACCGAGGAGUUCGGCCUGGUGCUCCCAGCCCUGGCAUUGGACCCCCGCAGGAGGCGGAAUGCCAGCAUCAGUGACGGCUUUUGA